CCAGCGGCUAGCUGCCCAGUGGCCAGUGCAGAGCUCGUGCCCACCUAUCCUGAGCGUCCUCCAUCUUUCCCCUCCCGCUUAGGUCACCGAAGGAGCGGCGAUGUCGGCGCCCGUGACGGUGUACGGGCCGGCCAUCUCGCCGGCGGUGGCGCGCGUGGCGGCAUGCCUCCUGGAGAAGGACGUGCCGUUCCAGCUCCAGCCGGUGGACAUGUCCAAGGGCGAGCACAAGUCCCCCUCCUUCCUCAAGCUCCAGCCCUUCGGCCAGGUCCCCGCUUUCAAAGACCACCUCACCACUGUCUUCGAGUCAAGGGCCAUUUGCCGUUACAUCUGUGACCAGUACUCAGACCGUGGCAACCGGACCCUCCUAGGCCGGGAAGAAGACGGGGCAGUAGGCCGUGCCGCCAUUGAGCAAUGGAUAGAGUCUGAAGCCCAGGCAUUUAACCCGCCAAGCUUGGCCAUUGCGUUCCAGCUCACAUUUGCACCGCUUAUGGGUAGGGCCACCGACAUGGCCGUGGUCGAGCAGAACCAAGCGAAGCUUACCAAGGUGCUCGACGUGUAUGAGCAGCGGCUGGCGGAGAGCCAGUACUUUGCGGGCGAUGAGUUCACCCUUGCGGACCUUGUGCACAUGCCCAACACUGAAAUUCUUGCGAGCAAGACCGUCACGGCGGGCUUGAUCACCGAGAGAAAGAAUCUGUCCAGAUGGUGGGAUGAGAUCUCUGGCCGUCCGUCAUGGAAGAAGGUUGUUGAGUUGCAGAGUGCACCACGACCCUCUAAAUCUUGAGGCUCCAAACCUUUUUGUUUGAGCAGUUUCUUAUGGCAACUAGUCACAUCCUGUUAUGUGUUGCCAUCACUGUUAUAUGUCAGUUGUGUGAAAGACUCGCGCCUCUGCUUUGCGCUACAUGUAAUCUUGCUAUCUAUCCCUUGUACUACUGAAUUUUAUGCAAAGUUGGAUAUGUUCCUCUGGUU